GCGGUCGCGCCUGCGCAGUGCGUCCGAGCCGAGGGGGCCGGGGUCACCCUGAGCUAAGACUGCGCCGCAAUGCUGAGCAGGUUCCUGGGUCCGCGCUACCGCGAGCUGGCCAGAAACUGGAUUCCCACGGCCAGCAUGUGGGGUGCUGUGGGUGCCGUGGGGCUGGUAUGGGCCACUGACUGGCGGCUGAUUCUGGAUUGGGUGCCCUACAUCAAUGGCAAGUUUAAGAAGGAAGAUUAAACUGAGCCCCCUCAGACCCCUCUGGCAUCUGGUGGUGCUGCCUCCUUCAUCUGCAUCUGGAAUAGCCCAGGCUCUCAGGAUGGACUUCGGGGAAGUACACAACAAAUAGACUUUCUAUGUUGUGGAAAUCGCUUUGGUGUGUGAAUGCACAGCAUUAAACUUGUUCUGAAACCUG